UUUACCGUCAAGCUCAGACAACACACUCAAAACCACGCCAUACCAGAAGGACGACUAGCGCCCCCUACCAACAAACACGAUAAGUGCAGAGUAUUCAAACAUAACGCCAUGGGGAAGUGCCUCGGUAAGCUGUUCAGGGAUGGGGCGUCCCGGGAACCGAAGCCUCCACCGGCUAAACCUAAACCCCCAGUCAAGGCGAGAACCAUCCGAUUAACGCCUGGGACGUCUCGGAGUGAAGUGAUCGUCGUGGGACAGUAUCUCGCCGUGGAUCUUAGCAACAUAGCAAACGAUGAUGCAGUGUCAUACGAAAUCACGCCAUACCCAAAAGAUGAUGUCAUAGUCAGGAUGAAGGAUGAGCGCCCUCGUGCGACAGGAAACGUCGCUGCAGGCGGGAUGGACAACGCUCUUGCCAAGAAGAUGGUUGUGUACGUGUACACACGGAGUCACAGCGUCGAAAAGGACGACAAACUGAGUACGUGGGAGUGGGGUCCCACAGGACACGGCGCUGUACUACUCGUCAACAAUGACAACGACGACUUCGAAGAAAACUUUGAUCCCGAUCAUAAAAACAGUAGGAUUGACGGACCACUAGAUUUGAAGGACAUGAGCCCGAUGGUUGUGCGCAUGCGUGGACCACCGAAGCUUCCGUCGGACUUUUCUAUCAGACUGAGUACACCGCCGGAAACAGCGGACAAGAUCGGGAUGUUCUGUCUACAGCCGGACGUUAUUAAGAAGGACAGAAGGUUGGAAGAUCUGUCCAAAAUGCUGAACGAAUUCUUGACAAAGCCUGAGGAAGACGCUCCUGAUAUCGACAUUGGGCUUGUGGAGAUGCGAGACCAAAUAGGAAACCUGAUAGAAGACAAAGCCAGAGACGAGCCACCGAAACAAGAAGAUACACCAUUGAAGAGUGAGAAACACAUCAUAGGACCAGACACAGGCAAUGUGGUGGAGUUAGACUACCGUGUGGACCUGAGAGAUAACACUACCACGUACGAGUUCGCUGUGGAAGGACUACACUAUCCUGACAUCACGUUUGAUGGACAGGUGUCAAUCACCCUAACACUGCAAAGGGGACGAGGCUCCCCCAUUUUUGAAGACACGGUGGUUUUCCAAGUUGCUCCCUGGAUCAUGACACCCAACACACUUCCUCCGUUAGAGUUGCUGUAUUCUCAGGCGUUCGUGUGUGAAAUGGAAGGUGGAGAAAACCUUACCUUCAUCCAGGAGCUCCAGGAAGUGACGUCAGCGGCCAGCGUGCCGUUAGUCAUCGUGCCGCACGUGGACAACAGGGGGGACAGGUGGAUGCAGGAUGAGAUUGAGCUGGGUUACUCCCAUGUACCGGGGAAGGAAGUCAUGCCCGUGGUACUGGAUUCUCCUCGGGACCGAGGUCUUCAGAACUUCGCCAAGAUGCAGCUUCUUGGAAAGGACUUUGGAUACGUGACCCGUUACAGUCAGGAUGAGGAGCCCAACUCCCUGGACUCCUUCGGGAACCUGGAGGUCAGCCCGCCGGUAACAGCAAACGGCAAGAAGUAUCCGCUCGGACGGAUUCUAAUCGGAUCUACGUCCCCUACCAGGAAUCAGUACGGACGGCGGAUGAUGAAAGUUGUCCGCAGUUUCCUAAAGGCACAGAGAGUCCAGUCGCCUAUAGAGCUCUACUCUGAUUGGUUGGCUGUCGGCCAUAUUGACGAGUUUAUGACGUUUGUUCCAGCAAGGGGAGGAAAGGGUUUCCGGCUACUACUCGCCAGUCCAGAUGCCUGCUACGCCUACUUAGGAUGGCUGCAGGGACAGGGGCACGGGGAUGUCCCUCUCUUCGAAGGAAAAGAGAGAUAUGGAACACCAGCUGCUGUCACGGUACAGCAACUUUUACAGGACAGCAAGUUGAGGGAGGAAAACCAAGUAUUCCAGGAUGACAUCGACUGGAAUCGUGACAAGUUGAAGCGCGAGUUGGGUCUGACAGAAGGAGACAUAAUCGACAUCCCAGCAUUGUUCAAGGAAGAGGAAGGCUCGGGAGCAGGGGCGUUCUUUCCUGACAUGGUCAACAUGAUUGUGCUCGGCCGCCAUCUUGGAAUCCCAAAACCCUUUGGGCCCAUCGUCGACGGCGCAUGCGCAUUCGAGUCGUACGUGAAGUCGCUUCUGGAACCACUGGGGCUGAGUUGUAACUUCAUCGACGACUGGAGCUCCUAUCAUCUCAUGAUGGGAGAGGUGCACUGUGGGACAAAUACACUGAGAAAGCCCUUUAACUACAAAUGGUGGCAUGUUGAGCUUUAGCUUAGAUUUAUCGAAUAACACAUAAUUUACUAGCUUCUACCAGGCUUGAGGGCGCGGCUGAAAAUAGUAGAAA